UUGUCAAACCGGUAACUCGGAUUGCCAGCACCACAAACACACACACCACCCCUACUCGGAUUGUCAAAGAAAAUCGCACCUGUUUUGUCGCCCUAUGCAAGAGUACACUUGGGGAUCCUGACUUGCAGCACGACGUUUGGUGAAAUAGCCGUAGUCGACGUUUACGCUUCUGAGUUUCAACUGGGCAUAUGGAAAGACGGAAAGUAGGCCUAGUUGGGUGAAAGUGUGCUUUGUUGAUCAUUCAAACGAAGUUCACGUUAACCUUUUGGUCUAAGUACAAGACUCGGUGAAAAAAUCAUGGAGACGAAUGGGAUCAACAAAAUACACGGUCUGGAGGGAGAUGGAGACCUUCAGUUCCUGUUGACGGGGGGAGACCUGCUUAAGGUGCGCUCUUCGUCCUGGAAGAAAACCCGCUAUUUCAAACUGCAGGAUGACUGCAAGACCCUGUGGUACGAGUCACAGCGGACCUUUUUCAAGUCGAACCCAGCCUGUGAGUGUCUUCCCCGCAGAGCGCCACUCUCCAUCGAAGACAUCUCGGCGGUGCGCCCGGGCCGUCAGUCGGAGGGCCUGCAGAAGUACACGGAGGAGCAGGUGGGCCCGCGAUGCUUCUCCAUCAUCUUCAAGGGCCGACGCAAGAACCUGGACCUCAUCGCCAGCUCGGAGGAGGAGGCCCGGCGCUGGGUGGUCGGCCUGGAGAAGGUCAUCACCAGCACCAAGGGCCUGGACCGCCAGGUGAAGACUGAGCACUGGAUCUUCAACUGCAUGAGGAAGGCCGACAAGAAUGUGGACGACAAGCUGACUCAGAAAGAGCUCAAGGACCUGCUGCUUUUCAUGAACAUGGAGGUGGAGGAUGACUACGCUGAGAUCCUCUUCAAGCAAUGCGACGCGUCCAAAUCGGGGUACCUGUCCGGCGCGGAGAUCGAGCGCUUCUACGAGCUGCUGACGCAGCGGCCGGAGAUCGACAUCAUCUACUCGGAGUACGCCCGCACCACGGGCCUCAUGAGCGCCGCCGACCUGCAGCAGUUCCUAGUGCAGGAGCAGAGGGAGGAGGCCACGCUGGCCGACGCCCACGCGCUAAUCGACAAAUACGAGCCAGACGAAAAAGUCAAGGAGAAGAAGCUCCUGUCCAAGGACGGCUUCCUCAUAUACCUGAACCACCCUGAGAGCGUGGUGCUGAGCCCCACACACGCCACCUUGUACCAGGACAUGAGCCAGCCGCUCAGCCACUACUUCAUCUCCUCCUCGCACAACACCUACCUCUUGGAGGACCAGCUCAAGGGCCCAAGCAGCACGGAGGCCUACAUCAGGGCCCUCCUGCUGGGUUGCCGCUGCGUGGAGCUGGACUGCUGGGACGGGUCAGACGGCGAGCCCGUCAUCUACCACGGCUACACGCUCACCUCCAAGAUCCUCUUCAAGGACGCCAUCCAGGCCAUCCACGAGUACGCCUUCAAGACGUCUGAGUACCCGGUCAUCCUGUCCCUGGAGAACCACUGCAGCGUCGAGCAGCAGCAGGUCAUGGCCCAGCACAUGAGCUCCAUCCUUGGGCCAGCCCUGCUCACACAGCCCCUGGGGGACACCAUGCCCACCUGCUUCCCCUCGCCGGAGGACCUGAAGCGGCGUUUCAUCAUCAAGGGCAAGCGUCUGAACAAGCUGGAGGCAGCCUUCUCUCCCGAGGCCGCGGCAGACACCGCCGAUUACGACGCUGUGUCGGAGGACAGCGAGGAUGAUGAAAAGGAGGAGGCAGAGGAGGAGGAGAGGAAGAAGAACAAGAAGAAGCUGAAGCUGGCGAAGGAGCUGUCGGACAUGGUGGUGUACUGCAAGAGCGUCCACUUCAACGGCUUCGCGGACGCCAGGGACAACCUGAGCUUCUACGAGAUGUCCUCCUUCAAGGAGGGCAAAGCCCUGGAGCUGGCGGAGGAGUCUGCUAACUGCUACAUCCACCACAACGUGGACAAGCUGAGCCGGAUCUACCCCGCAGGCUCCAGGACCGACUCGUCCAACUACAACCCCGUCCCCUUCUGGAACGCUGGCUGUCAGAUCGUGGCGCUGAACUUCCAGACGCGCUGCGCGGACAUGAGUCUGAACCAGGGCCGCUUCCUGGUGAACGGCCGCAGCGGCUACGUGCUGAAGCCCUCCUACCUGAGGGACGCCGCCAGCGAGUUCGACCCCAUCACCCUGACCCGCGGGCCCUGGCUGAAGCACAAGAACCUCCACAUCAUGGUGAUCUCAGGCCAGCAGUUGCCUAAGGUGAAGGCUAAGAAGACCUCCAUUGUGGACCCGGUGGUGAGGGUGGAGGUGCAGGGCGUCCCUGCUGACGUAGCGGUGAAGGAGACGGCGUGCAUCGAUAACAACGGGUUCAACCCCGCGUGGAACGAGAGCUUUACUUUCGAAGUGCACGUACCGGAGCUGGCCCUGGUCCGCUUCGUCGUGGAGGACUACGACAGCGCCUCGGACAACGAAUUUGUCGGCCAGUACACACUCCCCUUCUCCAGCUUGCAGAUGGGAUACAGACACGUGCCUCUACUCGACCAGAACGGAGACCUUCUCCCGUCGUCGGGUCUCUUUGUACACGUCAUGGUGGUCGACGCGUAGUAAGACAGGCGUCUCACCGACACACACACACGCAUCACACAGAGAGGGGGAUACAUCUGAAAAAACUCCUGUGUGACAACAUGACACUACAACUAUUCCGGCAGUUUUUAUUAGUUUCUACGUAGAUCUAGAUGGAUGGAUACGUUUCAAGUACUUUAUUUACAACUUUUCUGUGUCGGUCUGAUCAGCAAAUUCACUGGCUUUUUUUCUUUGAGGAUAACUAGAAUAAGACAUGUAGAAGCACUACUUACAGCAGAUUCCUUUUUUCUUUUUUUAGCACGACAGUAAUUUUAUACUUGAAGCCCCUAGGCAUUGGCAUUCUUUGAGCAGGUGGGACACAGAAACACACUAACUCCCACUAGUGCAGCUGGCUUGGGAGCGUUGGUUUGAGAGAGUAUUUCUAUUGGGUUUAAUAUGCUCACGUAGGUUUAUUCACUUUUGUUGUUGGACUACUGUCUCCAGCAUUUGUAGCCUUUAUCGUAUUAUGUCUAAAUGCCUUAAUUUAUGUAUAUGCCAAUAUUGAAAGAACAUGAUGCAUCUAAGUCCUUGAUCAUUUUCAACUUUUUGUUCUUGUAUCAGAGUGUAGCAGUUCUCACUGCUGAUUUUUUUUAAUCUCUGAUAAAACGUUUCAAACUAAAUGUGUUUUUUUUGUUACUAAUCAUUGACGGAAAACAUUCACAAGAAUACUCACUGAAACUAAGCCAAUUGAUAGAAAAGCAUAAAGUGGCAUAUUGUCAUUUGACUCCCAAAUAAUACAUUUUUCUUGUCAAAUUUUAAAGAAAGUAUUUAUAUUUCUACCUCAAUACGUUACAGUUGGAAAUAAAUGUGGCUUGGACUUAU